CGGCUGCUCAGCUUAGUCAUUUGGGAGUUCUUAAAGCACACAUUCGAUGGUGUCCGAUGAAAAUAGUACGAGAAUUGGCAGCUAUUCGUUUCCAUUUGCGGACGAGCGGACACGAACAUGGCCGCUGGUGGAAUCGCCUUGGAAUGUGCCCGCCCUGCUGACCCUCUAUCUGCUGAUGGUGCGCUAUGGACCCAAGUGGAGAGCCAGGUACAAGCCGCUGCAGUUGCGAGUGCCAUUGUUCUGCCACAGUUUGGCCAUGGCUCUGCUGAAUGCCCACAUUUGCCUAGAGCUCUUCACUUCGACGCGGGCCCUCAACUAUAGCUUCAGUUGUCAGCCAUGUCGGGUGAGCUAUAGCCCACAUGAAAUGCGUAUUGCUGCGGCCCUUUGGUGGUUCUACAUUUCGAAAAUAUUGGAAUUCGCCGACACGGCCUUCUUCAUCCUGCGGCACAAGUGGACGCAGCUGAGCUUCCUGCACGUGUACCACCACAGCACCAUGUUGGUCCUGUGCUGGGUCUUCGUUAAGUGGAAGCCGACGGGUUCGACCUUUGUUCCGGCCAUGAUGAACUCCUUUGUGCACAUCAUUAUGUACGGCUAUUAUGCGCUGAGUGUACUGGGUCCUCGCAUCCAGCGAUUCCUGUGGUGGAAACGCUACUUGACUGGCCUUCAGCUGCUGCAGUUCACCAUCGGGUUGCUCUGGGCCACGCAGCUGGUUAUCCGGGACUGCGAGUACGGAACCUGGAUAAGUUUCACUGGAGGCGCCUACAUGCUGCCGUUCCUCUUUCUCUUCGGAAGAUUCUAUGCCCAAAACUACAGGGUAUCGGCAGACAUCAAGAAAGCCAUGUAAAGUGAAUAUAAUCUUGUCCCAUUUAAACAGAAAGAAUUUUAGAGACUGUGCAAAACAGGAAUAUAUGUGUUGCUUAUAUCACAGCUGACAAUAAACAUUUUUAUAACGUAUUUUGAUGCACUGAAUUCAAUAAUGGGCAUUUAUGUCUUUUUACAUGUUGCUUUGACGCUGAACAUUUCAUGAACUCAAAAACAAAAGUUAAUUUACACGUGAACCGAUUUACGAUAGGAGCAAAUUAUAUUUAAAUAUUUAACCUUUUCCUAGACAGCACUUCAAGUAAUACUGACACUUCUGAAAAAAUCAAACCUUUCAGGCAUAGGACGGGAUGAAUUAGUAAUGAUAAACUCAGGCUUUAUUUUUUCUAAGCCUGGAAGUCAACGCAAAAAACAACGGUUUUUCGUUUCACUGCAUUUAUUAUGUAUCUGAUGUUUUGGCAUAAACUCAUAUGUACAAAAAAUUCGUUAAAAAAAUACAUUGCGUAAAUGCAGAACUAC